AUGAGUAAAACAACUACUGCUUAUGUCAAAGAACUCGAUAUCACCAAGGAGUCACCACAUUCCAAUGCAAUUUCACGUCUCAGAAAGCACAUAAAGGACAUUCAGGUGAAAUGGGGACCCCUCAUGGCCGCCAAGGAGGAAUUGUUCGACGAGUACAAUUUUCCACCGGGCAGAUAUGCUGGGCAAGGUUGCAUAAAGGAACGUCAUAAUGAUUUGCAAACGUUUCAGCGGUCGACACGGAAUUCUGACCAUUGA